GAAUCAGAUCAAAGACCUAGACCCGCCGACGACGAAUAGAGCAGAUAUACACUUGGAUGGGCUCAUGGGCCCUGAUGGUGGAGACCCGGGGCCCCUGUUACUUCAAUUCUCCAUUGCGGUAAGAGUGUUUGAGCAACACACAGGCCCCAAAUCCAUGAAGUUGUAAUUGGUCUCUCAUUUGGAGAAAUUUUUGGCCCAUUUGGAGAACACGUGGUCUCUCUCUCUCUCUCUCUCUCUCUCUCUCUCUCUCUAAUUGGCUCUCAUUUGGAGAAAUUUUUGGCUCAUUUGGAGAACACGUGGUCUCUCUCUCUCUCUCUCUCUCUCUAGCGCGCGCUCUCAAUACCUCGUCCAUUUUCCUCUUAGCGCAGUCCUGUCUGUCUCCAUCUCCCGUUGUCGUCAGCCGCCGUCGCAACACCUCGUCCGACACUUCAGCACCGCACGUCCUAGGAUGACUGCAGGAGAAGUUCCAAAUGAGAGGGUCGGCCGCGCAAAGUGUAAACUUGUUUACUGUUCUAAUAAAAAGAAGAGAAGCAACACACCUUCUCUUCCUGAAGAGAUUAUAUUCUACAUCCUCGUUUGGCUUCCGGCCGAUAUUCUUUACAAUUCAAUGAGGUACGUUUGUCAGCAGUGGUAUAAAAUUAUUCGUGACCCUCUUUUCGUAAAGGAACACCUCCUGCGGUCCACUACUGGAUUGUUAAUCCAAGAACAUUAUUCUUGUGCUGCCCAAUUUGGCAAGUUUGGGGAAAUGAAUACCACCGUGACAAAGGUAAAUUUUAAUUUUCCUAAUGAGCUUUUGACUACCUGCGACGGUCUGGUACUGUUUAUGGAUGGAUAUGACGACAAAGAAGUGUAUGCAGCAAAUCCUCUCACUAAGCAAAGGGUAGCUGCUCCCCCGUUUUGUUUCCCUUCUUUUCGUUUUGGUCUCACAUUAGCAUGUGCUUAUUCAACAAUGGAAUAUAAAUUGGUGUGCACCUAUCGUUCCAAAAAGAGCAAAGUAUAUCAUUGCGCGAUGGUAACUAUGGGCAAAGAUUAUGCAUGGAAACCCAUUAACUGUCAAAAGUUGUCCGAUCCUUGCCGACAAAUAUUUAGGGGUUAUAGUUUUUCUGCAGGAGGAUUUAUUUAUUGGGCUUAUAAUACUUUUCCCUGUGUUGCUGCUUUGGAUGUGGAAUCUGAAGUGUUUUACGAGUUUCCUAGCCCGGCAGUUGAGACUGAAGACACUAGUAUCUAUUAUGUCAGAAAGGGAAAAUCUCUGUCUUGUGUUGUUGUUAAUCAUUAUAAAAGAACAUGGGAUGUCUGGGUCUUGUCUGAUCCCAGGAUUCAUGGAUGGAGGAAGCUCCACGAAAUUGACUUAGAUGCUCAAAAACCUGGAAUAAGGCGCAUGUGCUUUUUAUGGCCAAUUGCUUGGAUGAGUAACGGUGAUGUUCUGGUCUCCGGUAUUGGAUGCAAAUCCCGCUAUAUUGCUAUGAAUGUCAAGACUGGAAAGAACUUCACAUUUAAUAGUAUGGAGCAUGAUUGCGGUGGCAUGCAUGACUUCGCCUACAGCCUUGUCUCGUUCCCUGUAUGAUCAAAAUCUAUCUAUUGGUGUUAUUCAUGUACUUGUUAUCUAAGUGUAAACUCUAUGUAUUUGUGAAAGUGACGGUGACACUAUCCCAGCUAAACCUGGGGAUAUAACUGUUUAAUGUGUUUCUUAUGGGUGGUUACUAGUGAUCUUUUUUUUUUUUUUUGAUAAGCA